CCUUGCUUGUCAGACACUAUAUACGAAAUGGCACUUAAGCUGCCAGUUGACGUCCAGUUUGGUGCAGUUAAGUCGCCAUAAGUAAGGAAAUCGGUUUGACUCUUGUCACUUUCUUUAAGGAGAGUUAAGAGACUUUUAGUUUGAAAUGCGUGUUCACAAACUGCAGUUGGAGCCCAGUUUAUUUACCUAUCUUGGCUAUCCUAAAGUGCUCUAGUACCGUUAGCCAUCUGUUGGCUAAACUGAUAGCAAUUGUAUUAGUUUAGCUAGCUAGCUUACGUCAACUAACUCAAGGGGAGUGGCUGUCAAACUCGGCAAAUUGUUAAAAAGUCGUUUUGUAGGUAGGAAACCUGUUUCAGGAGAGGAAUCCACGGACGCCUUAUUAACAGAAAGGGAGUGUGCGUGCGUGCGUGUGUGGCCAGCAAGCCCCCGAGUGCUGGCGUGCAUGAGAAUAAGGGACAGGCAUGGGGAAUGGAGUGCAGGAACACCAGGGGGCGCUCACAAAGGGUGAAGUCCUGCCACUUUCCUCCAGCCAAUCAGAGGGCUUCAAGCAGGGCCGAUCUGUGUUGAACUCGCUGCUCUCUGGGGCCUUCGCGGGCGCUGUGGCUAAAACCACUGUAGCGCCGCUGGACAGAACCAAGAUCAUCUUCCAAGUGUCUUCAAACCGAUUUUCUGCCAAGGAGGCGUAUCGGCUGAUCUACCGCACCUACCUGUCAGAGGGCUUCUUCAGCUUGUGGAGGGGAAACUCUGCCACCAUGGUGCGCGUCAUCCCCUAUGCUGCCAUCCAGUUCUGCGCCCACGAGCAGUACAAGAGGCUUCUGGGAGGCUACUACGGCUUCCAGGGCAAAGCUCUGCCGCCUGUGCCGAGGCUGUUGGCUGGGUCGCUUGCCGGCACCACAGCUGCUAUGAUUACGUACCCGCUCGACCUGGUCCGUGCCCGCAUGGCUGUUACGCCGAAGGAGAUGUACAGUAACAUAAUGCACGUCUUUGUGCGGAUCUCUCGCGAGGAGGGACUGAAAACUCUCUACAGAGGCUUCGCUCCCACUAUACUCGGUGUAGUUCCCUAUGCAGGCCUGAGUUUCUUCACUUAUGAGACACUCAAAAAACUCCAUGCAGAGAAAACGGGCCGAGCGCAGCCCUACUCGUAUGAGAGGCUGGCAUUUGGAGCAUGCGCUGGUCUGAUCGGCCAGUCAGCCUCCUACCCACUGGACGUGGUGCGCAGGCGGAUGCAGACGGCAGGCGUGACGGGCCACGCGUACGCCUCCAUCACGGGCACCAUGCGCGAGAUCGUCCACGAGGAGGGCGUCAUCCGUGGCCUGUACAAGGGCCUGAGCAUGAACUGGGUCAAAGGGCCCAUCGCCGUGGGCAUCAGCUUCAUGACCUUUGACCUCACACAGAUCCUCCUGCGCAAGGUGGGCUACAGCGCACGAUAGACUGGCAGGGAGAACUGCAGUGCAGCAGCCUCUGCCCAGAGGGGGAAGACUUUUACUGUGCCGCAGCUUCCUGUGAGCAGCAGCUUCUGCCCAGAGGGGGAAGACUUUUACUGUGCCGAAGCUUCCUGUGAGCAGCAGCUUCUGCCCAGAGGGGGAAGACUUUGACUGCGACACAGCUCACACAGCGUUGGGCAGGAGGCGUGUCUGGGGAAGUCAGCUGCAUGGAGCCGAGGCGGGGAGGAGAGCGACUCCGACUGAUGCUCUGUCCACGUCGGCGUGCGGGAGGAGGGGACGACUUUCUUUGCGACACGGCUGUUUUUGUACUUGUGCGUAUGCUGCCAAAGGAAGAAACGGAAAAUCUGACACACAAGCACAAUGGUCAAACUGACGAGCACAGAACUCAGACACGCUAGUAGAGAUCUUACUGACAGUUUAUGGAUGUGUGUGUUUUACAUGAUGGCUGGACUUUGAAAUGAAAUAGUUUAGAGGUUUUUGUUUUCUGAGUUGGAGAAUAAGUCAGUAGAGAGUCUGUGUCUGUGUGUCUGUCUGUGUGAGAGAGGUACAGACAGACCUUAUGUCCCGUAAGCCCCUCCCUCUUCACUGAUGUCCCACGUGUCUCUGCAGGAUCCCACUAAGUGCAAUACGCUCAUUCGUUUCUCGUUCUGGCGUUGCCAUGUAUGCGGCGGAAACUCCUCUUUCUUCUGCGCGUUGCUGUUCUCUUGCCCUUUUUAAAUUUUUUUAUUUUUUUUUUAAGAUUUCUUCCCUGCCACGCUCCUGCCUUGUGUGUGAUGACACACUCUAGCUGCCUUGAAAUGAGGGCUGAUCAGACCCUGUAUCGAUGUAAUUUCAUCUCACCUUUUAAUACAUCUGACAAAAACCAGAAUGUAGUAAAUGUACCUGUAAAUUCUCUUGGUGGGCUGUCAUGAGAAGGAUAUGAGGAAGACAGGAAGCAGCGCCACCAGUCCAGCGUAUCCUUAGGUCCUCCCACACUCUGGUGACCAAUGAUGUCGUCUGCCGUGUCUGCAGCCGCCGUGUUUGGCUCGCAGUAUAUGCGUCGCCACGUGCACCUCUGAGUGCACAGGGCAGCCGUACAUGUUGCGUGCUUGCUUGUGUGUGUCUACUUGCCUUCUGUGUUGCUGUGGAGUCUCCACAUUGUAAGUGUGAGCUUGCUUGGUGUCAUGGUGUCCACCAAGGCCUGAUGCUAAGCCCUGUGCAUGUGGGGUUUGCCACUCAGGCUAUCUGAACACGAGCAUGUGCUUAGUGCCUCCGCAAAGAGAACAGAAAGGCCCACUAUGAACAAAAUGUAGCUCACGUCAGCACCUCUCUUGCUAACUCAGAUCUCCAGUAGCACAGGGCAGUUCUGAAGCUCACUGGGAGUGCAGUAAAUAUGAGCUCAUUGCUAAUGAGGAGCACAGUUGUGACUUCAGUGUAACUGCAUGACUCAUUUCUGUGCUAGUUUUAACAACUUGGUAACGUGUUGUGAGUAACCUUUUGGUAACACAUUUGCAAGUAAUAUUUGCAUAUCUGCUAACUUGUUAAGGACCUCAUAUUACUGGCUACCAUAUUAUCUCUGACAGAAUGCUAUUGUAAAUUAUAGAUAUCUGCUUUAAUUCACCUGCGUCUAAUCCAGACACUGUUAUUUCAGUGCGGCUUUGGUCCAGGCCUGUUAUUUCAAUGAUGUUGGGUACAAUGAUCACAGAUGUUACUGAUGUUGCUAAAUAUGGCCUUGACCAUUUUUUCCAUAUAUUUUUAUGAAAGCCGUUGUAUUUGAAUAACAUUUGAACCAUUUUAUCUUUUUAUUUUUAUCUGUUCAUGCCCUCUACUAAUAACACCCUCUCCACCCCUCAAAGUUUUCAAUAACAAUCGCUUUAAGCCAAAGCACAGUUCAGGAUGCUUGGAUGUUUUAGCUGGCAUAAUGGCAUUUUAGAGCCUUCAACAUGAAAAUACAAGAGGCCUGUUUAAAUCCCCAAGUCAGCUAAAUCCAGGCUAAAAAUGUCCUGAGAUGGUCAUUCCAGCCAGCCGACCUGUACUUCAACACCACUGAGGACCUCCAGGGUGCCAUGCAAGUGUUGUAUAAGUCUAAUCUUGUAGAGAAUACUUGAAACUUUUCUAACUUCUCUUGUUACACCCAUAAUAAAAAUGUAACCAUCCCGUAUUUUGCUGAGAGAUGAAUUAUAAAUGUGGCGGGGUAGCUGCCUGUUUCAUGCUGACAACUUUGCGUUGGUGUCAGUAAUCCCUCUGUGUUGGUGUUUUUCCAAAGCGAACAUGAUCUCAAGCUGAAAUGAAUGAUUGAUUGAUUCAGAGUAUUCUGAUCUCCAGGCUGGUUUUAAGUAAGUUAUUGUGCCAAGUGAAUGUAUAUUAAACUAAUGAGAUUGCAAUCA